AUGCCAAACUUUUUAGAGUACUUGCAAGAUUAUUUGCAAAAUGGAGAUCAGAAUGAUAUACAUGCGGUUUCAGAAAACCCCCCACCUGUCAUUUCUCAAAGUGGCAAUUUUUCGAGAAAUAGUGAACGGCUUCCUGCUGACAAACAUCAAGGUAUCUUUCAAACAAAUGUCAACAAUCAACACCAGUUAUCGCAAAAUUAUGACAAUAAUGAAACUCAAUUCGCCUCAUCUGAGGAGCGAAAUGGCGCUUACCGUCUUCUGGGUGCGGAUUUCAAAGCUUCCAAUGAUGGCGCUUAUUCAGGUAUCCAUGAUGAGCUCACAAGUUACGGAGAUACAGGCUCCUGCCCCCCAGGACCACCACAAAGCCUAUAUUAUCUAAGAUCAAAUAGCUAUGAAGAUUACCAAAACGUAAAAUCUAGGAAACAUGGGUCGAAUAUACCAGUUGACUUUCUUUCUUCUUUGCCUAACAGGAUAAGGGGGAUCUUUCCUUUCAGCUCAUUCAAUAGAAUGCAAACCGAGGCCUUCCAAGAUAUUUUCAAUACCCCUUACAAUUGUGUUAUUACCUCACCAACAGGCUCUGGUAAAACAGUUCUUUUCGAACUAGGUAUAAUAAGAUUGUUUCUCAAGAACAACAAGAUAGACCUUAACAAUAACAUGAAAGUUCUAUAUAUUGCGCCAACAAAGGCAUUGUGCACAGAAAGAUGUGAAGAUUGGAAAAAAAAAUUUGCUCCUUUGAACAUUUCCGUAGGAAUGUUGACCAGCGACACAUCCUCUUUUGAGACUGAAAGUGUGAAGAAAUCUAACAUUAUUAUUUCAACUCCAGAAAAAUGGGAUUUAUUGACUCGAAGGUGGUUUGACUUUAUCAAACUUUUCGAUUUGGUAAAACUAUUAUUGAUUGAUGAAGUCCAUAUAUUGAAAGAUGAUAGAGGCUCAACACUAGAGGUGGUCACCACCAGAAUGAAGAGAUUAUGUGACCAAUUGAGAAUCAUUGCACUUUCAGCCACCGUUCCAAACAUAAACGAUAUAUCUAAAUGGCUCAGAAAAACAUCGAAGGGCUCCUCAGAGCCUGCUGUUACUAUGAUUUUUGGAGAAGAGUAUAAGCCGGUAAAGUUGCUACGAACUGUUUAUGGGUUCAGGAAUCAUGGGAAGAAUGAUUUUCAGUUCGAUUUUUCCCUCAACAACAGACUUUUAGAGAUAAUCAGAGAGAAGAGUCUUGGUAAACCCGUAUUGAUUUUUUGCCCUACUAGAAAAAUUGCAUUUAAUACAGCUACCUUCCUCAGCAACAAUUUGGGCUUUGAACUGCAUAACUUAAAAGACCUAAUCAAGGUACAAGAUAAGGAAAUUUCUAAGCUUAUAAGCAAAGGUGUGGCAUUUCAUCAUGCUGGAAUAUCAUAUAAAGAUCGCUUAGCUGUUGAAAAUAACUUCAUUAAUGGAAAUAUUAAAAUAUUAUGCUCUACCUCCACUUUGGCAGUCGGUGUUAAUUUACCCGCGUAUUUGGUGAUUAUUAAAGGAACAAGAUAUUGGAAUGAGGGUCAGUUCAGUGAAUACUCAGAAUUGGAUAUCUUGCAAAUGAUUGGGAGAGCUGGCAGGCCACAGUUCGAAACUGAGGGUGUUGCUGUUAUCAUGACCGAGGAGAAAAAUAAGAACAGAUAUGAAAGAUUAAUCGAGGGUACCGAAAAAUUAGAAAGUAGUUUGCAUUUAAAUUUAUUUGAGAAUUUAGCAGCAGAAGUUUGCUUGAAAACAAUAACAACAGUGGAAACGGCCGUCGAUUGGAUAGCCUCCACCUAUUUCUAUACCAGGUAUAAAUCGAAUCCGAUUGCAUAUAGCGAAAUUCAAGGUUUGAGAGUCAUUGAUAUAGAUACCAGAUUGGCAUUAUUUUGUCAAAAACAAUUGGAAAUCCUCCGGGAAAAUCAAAUACUUGACUAUGAUAAAUUCACAAGAACCUACAAAAGUACUGCUUAUGGCAAUGCAAUGUCACACCAUUAUGUUUCCUUUGAAACUAUGAAAAAAAUUAUUAACAGUCCUUCAAAGUUGAACUUUUCUUCGGUUUUCGAUUUGCUAUGCCAGGCCACAGAAUUUAAAGAUCUCAAAAUCAAACAUAUGGAAAAAAAAUUGUAUAAGGAAAUUGCUUCAUCAAAUUUAUUGAAGUUUCCUCCACCCAAAAUCCUUGGUUCGUCUUAUCCACAGACUUACAAAAUAUCCUUGUUGCUUCAAUAUGAACUUGGAGGACUUGAAUUUCCAAACUAUAAGGGAUCUUUCGGUCUAUAUUUCAAUUUCAAUGGGGAAAAAUUAUAUUUGUUGAAACAAUGUCCUAGAUUGAUUAAGUGCAUGGCGGAUGCCUUCACUGAGAAGAAGGAUUCCAUAUCAUUGCUCAACAUUUUGAAACUCGGACGAUCCGUUUGUGGGAAAUGUUGGGAAGACUCUGGAAUGAUGUUGAAACAAUUGGAUGGGAUUGGUCUCAAGUAUGUUAGAAAGUUCAUCAAUCAUAAUAUUAUGAAUUUCGAACAAGUUUCCCAACUAGAUGCUUCUAAAAUCGAAUACUACUUGGGAUUGAAACCGGGUCACGGAAACAAGAUUUUAAAAGAUGUUGCUUCAAUUCCAAAGUUUUCAAUUUCGUGCCGCCUCGUCUCCCAUGAAAUAUCCAAAGACUUAGAUUACAUCACUAUAUCGUUUAAUGUUAAUGUUCAGUGCUUACAGGGUGUGAAAGUAACCCAUUGGCAUAAGCAGUUUGUUAUGGUGAAUAUUGUUACAGAAAUAAGCGAUGGUGAACUAGUUGAUUUUAGAAGGAUUAUGUGCGGAAAGCUUGAAUCUCCAAAGGUAUUUAGCAUUACUGCCAAAAUACGCAAAAAAAAUCAAAUAAUCAGAUCUCAUAUUGCCUGUGAUGUAAUUGCCAAUACCAAAACUUGGGCAGCAUUGAAGUUGAAUAUUCCUUCCAGAGUAUUUGACGAAUUAAUUGUUUCUGUCCCUGAAGUGGAAGAGCCAGUUUUGACGGAUCCUUUUUCAGAUGAUGAUGAAGAUGAUGAUGAUGAUGAUGAGUUUGAUGAUUCAAUAUUCAGUGCUGCUUUUGACAAUUAUAAUGGGAUUGAAAAGCAAGAGAUCCUUAUAUCUACUGAUAUAGAUUCCAGAGCAGAUGAAACACCAAUUUCAACACAAGUGGGAGAGUAUAAAAGAAGAUCAGAUGGUAAUUAUGAAUGUAAACAUACUUGCAAGAACAAAGACAAAUGUCGCCAUUUAUGUUGUCAUGAAGGAUUACUACAUAUUCCCAGAAAAAGGGCAGGUUCAAAAGAACUGAAAGGGAAUAAGAUACAGCAACGUUCUCCAAAAUCUUCCAAUAAAACUGUUGAAAUAGGAGUUAAGGGGAUCAACUUCCAACAAAGAGGUGAUUAUCUUGAGAAGUCAGUUAGAUAUACCUCUAAGAAUCUCCAAUAUCAUCACCGUAGCUCACAUGAUACUUUAGGAAAUCUGUAUGCGGAAAAAGAUAUUUCUUUUGGUAAUGUGGGAAAGGGUAAUACUUUCAAUAACGGAAAGGAUGAGAUCAAUGUAUCAAAUGACGCUGAUUCCAAUCUAGUGCCUAAGAGGAAAAAGAGGAAACUUGGCAAGGUUCAUGUAAGACGUAGUGAACUACUUGAUGAUUCGAUUGAUUCAGAAGAUGAACAUUUUCCAUCGUUAUCAUCUUAUAUUGAAAAGAAACAAAUUUCGGAUCGUCUCAUACUGCCUUGGGAAAUGGAGCUUCCAAAAUCUCAGGCGAUGGAGUCUUUCCAUCUCAACAUUGAUGAGCAGAAGCAAAGCAGCAAAAUGAAGGAAGUGCCAAAGCAAGAUCUAGAUGAUAAAGAAGAAGUGAAUAUUUUUAACUAUGGAAGAUUCGAGAAAAUUUCAGAGGAUAAUGAAUCGAAUUACAGUUCUGAUCUUUGGAGCGAAGAUGACAGGGAUGAAAACCGUGGUAACAAACCUUCUGAUGGGGCUAAAAGUCCAUAUGAAGUUGAAAGCUCUGAUUUUCCAAAAACAUAUGCUCAAAUUGAAGAGAAAUCGUCUUUGGAUGUUCUUAGCAAUUCAUUUGUCAACGUUGUACAUGAUGAAGAGGAUAUCAACCAAAAUACAUUGUGCAUAUCUAAAAGUCAAUCUGCUGGCAGCUUUGUGAAUUCUGUGCUCAUUGCUAAUAAAAGAGACUGCAGUGGUCGUAUAAAGGAAGAGUGUGAUUUUGAGGUGACGGAUUUGCUUGAUGUGUUGGGAUCUGAUGUUGAGUUUGCUUAA